AUGUCGCACACUCCACCGGCUUCUGAACCGUUGAAGAACGAUUCUCUCCGCACAGACUCAUGCAGCUUGUCCGAAAAGAAGCGACCUCGUGUAGACGAUGAUUCUCACUCGUCCGAGGUCCGCGAUCUCGUGCGUCCUCGGCUGCUCUCAUGGCGCCCUUCUGCUCCAGUGGAGCCCCCGUUGCAAGCUGCCCAACUUCGGUCUAUUAGAGUGCACUCCAUACUGAAUUCGCCCACAAAAUCUGAUCCUCCUUGUCUGGUAACUUCGGGGGUAGAUAACCUGAGUCUGACGGGACAUCAGUCAUCUGUCCCUCCAUCUUCUUCUGCACCUGCUUCUCAUGUCCGACUGCAUUCAUCGCCAACGCUUCGUCUGGCUUCUCCGUCGAUACAUCCUGCCAAACGGCGUUCGCUCUCCCCUGGGUCGGUGAACCGUCAGAUUCUCUCGCCUGUCUCCUCCACAUCUCGGUUUGUCGGAGCCGGAGGGCCGUAUGCUAGGAAACACAGUGCUGUACAGUCUCCCCUGGCUCAGGAGUCACGGCCGGGACUGUAUCGGUUGGCCUCUGGGUCGCCUCUGCCCCCGGCCCCCAUUUCUAUCCACUCCACCCCAACCUUCCACAGUCGGGGGACGAGCGUGAACCCGACCCCUACUCCCAGCUCUCAAGAGAGGAGCCCCACGACUCCUCUUUCCAUCUACGGUCCGCUUGGUCGAUCAUCACCAGCAAUCGCGGGGAUGCCCGUCCCACAAUCUGCACCAUCGUUCGCUAAUCCCUCGGUAUAUGGAACGUCAGAACCGGUCAGUCGAUUGCCCUCGGUUGUAGGUGAUAGGCCGGCAGGAGACGAUCAACCCGGCAUGGGAGGGUCUACGAAUGCUCCGCCUCUGCCUGGGAUGAUCCCCUGUAUUUUGGACCUUAAGUCUGGGUCAUCCAGCCAGGCAGAGAAGCGAAAGGCUAACAGCGAUGCCUCGAGGAGGUUCCGCAAUCGGAAGAGAAAUGAGAUGCAGAUGGAGCAAAAGAUCACGACACAACAGGACGAGAUCCGGAAGCAGCAGGAGGCACUGCACAAACAGGCGCAGGAGAUUCUGGGGCUGAUUCAGCAACGCGAUUAUUAUCGAUCCGAGCGGGACUUUUACCGAGAGCAUGUCACCCGCCUCGUACCGCCGGGGCAGCUUCCAGCGCGGCCCCCGUCCCCUCAAGCGUACCGUUCGAUACCGGAGCGGGAAACUGAGACAACGUGGUCCGCUGCAGAGACCAGAGGUGCCAUGAAUACUACCGGAGGAUCACCCGGACAACCGCCAGCCUCCAAUGCAGUUUCUGGAUUACCUGUCAGACGAGAAAGCUGGCACAACGGGGUCUCAUACCCAGUGACUGCUCAUGAACAACAGGCGAAGCAACUGCCCCAGGUGUCUGAAAACUGGACGCGUUCCUAGCAGACUGACCCUGUGAAUCGUUGCCUAUAUCCGCAGAGAGCUUAACCUCUCCGGAUUAUGUAUUAUCAUUUUCAUUUGUCUUUUAUCUUAUUGUGUUGUCCUCAAGAUUGUUACUGUCUCCUUUUCCUAGAACGUAAGCAUCGUGCUUGCAUUGGGAGCGUUCUCUGCGAGAAAAAUUUGCAUCCCCAUUUUGACUGUGGCUGAAGGCCGAGAGCUUAUAUUCAUCGAGCCUUUUCUAUAAAUGUUCUUGGGUUUCUGGGUGGCCAAAUUGCGAUCUAGUUGAAUUAAAUUGCCGCAAGUGACCCUCAUCUUUGUACAUAGCCC